UGGUAUUUUUCUCCUUCGAUUCAACCCGUAUUUUCCCUUUUCCUACUCAAACUCUCUUUCCUACCGUUCUCGUCUCUCGCGGCCUCGCCCUUUUAAAACGCUUCGGAGCCCGCAGAGGCUGUCAUUCUUCCGUGUCCAUUGUCUUCUCUUCUUCUUGAAACCUUGCUGUUUUCUUUUCUCUUUGAAUUUUCGAGGGUUUUAGAGGUUUCGGAGGAUGGAGGUUCAAGUUCCAGACAAGCAGAAGAGGCUUCGGAGGCUGCGAUGCUCUGUUCAGAACUACGACUGGGGCCGGCUCGGCUCGGAAUCGACUGUGGCCAGGCUGUUUUCCAUGAAUUCCGGGGCGGAGGUUCAGUUGGAUAAGCCUUAUGCGGAGUUGUGGAUGGGAACUCACGAGUCUGGGCCCUCUUUCCUGAUUGGAGAGGGGAAGUCUCGGACUCUGAAGUCGUGGAUUUCGGAGAACCCUAAUGUGCUUGGGGAUGAGGUUGUCGAGAAGUGGGGUUCUGACCUGCCUUUCUUGUUUAAGGUACUUUCAGUUGCCAAAGCAUUAUCAAUACAGGCUCAUCCAGAUAAGGAACUGGCGAGGACGCUGCAUAAGUUGCAGCCCCAUGUUUAUAAAGACGAUAAUCACAAGCCGGAGAUGGCUUUGGCCAUAACAGAGUUCCAGGCCCUUUGUGGGUUUGUCAGUCUUGGGGAGCUUAAGAUUGUGUUAAAGGACGUUCCUGAGAUUGUGGAAGUAGUUGGCAGUGCAGAUGCAAAUCAGGUUUUAGAUGUUAGUGAGGAAGAUGGGAAGGAGAAAGUAAAAUCGGUUCUGCAGUCAAUUUUCACUCAACUUAUGUCAGCUAACAAAGAGAUGGUUUCCAAAAUAAUCACCAAAUUGAAAAUUCGUCUUCAAAUGGAAAGUCAGGUGAGGCAGUUGACGGAUAAGGAACAACUGGUACUGCGGCUAGAAAAGCAAUAUCCUGGGGAUGUGGGUGUCAUAUCAGCAUUCUUUUUUAAUUAUGUGAAGCUUAAUCCUGGUGAAGCAUUGUAUCUGGGGGCAAAUGAACCCCACGCGUAUCUCUAUGGUGAAUGCAUUGAAUGUAUGGCAACUUCAGACAAUGUUGUGCGUGCUGGCCUUACUCCCAAGCACCGGGAUGUUCAAACACUCUGUUCCAUGCUCACAUACAAGCAGGGCUUUCCUGAAAUCCUCCAAGGAGUUCCUUUAAACCCAUAUACCAGAAGGUACCUACCUCCUUUUGAUGAGUUUGAGGUGGAUUGCUGCAGUCUUCCAAAGGGGGCGUCAGCCAUGUUUCCUGCAGUAGAAGGCCCCUCCAUUUUUGUGGUGACAGUUGGAGAGGGAACUGCGCAUGUGGGGGCAUGUGAAGAGCAGGUUGGUGAGGGUGAUGUUCUGUUUGCACCUGCGGACACAGAAAUUAGUUUUGGGACUUCAACCCAGUUGAACCUCUAUAGGGCAGGUGUGAACAGCAGGCUGUUUUGAGCUAUGGGAGUCGGCAUACAUCAGCCAGCGCCCUGCAAUAUGUAUUGCUGUGUUUAUGAAUAUGUGUAUUAUGUACCUGUAUGUAAUGUCGCCCUUAUAACUAAUAAUAUUCAGAGUCACGUCACAGUAAUAAGAGAAGAGUUUCCAUUCUGAGA